GUCCAUCGCUCAGCGUGCAAUGCUCAGCUCCUCUCUACGAGUACUCUCUGCCUAACCUGUCCCAUCCUAGCUUGCCACUUUAUUCCCACCAAAACAAUCCCUGCUGCUUCCAGAAGCUUAUUUUUGGUCUACUUUCCGCGGAGACCGAUUUCCACGACGUCAUCACGAUAAGACCAGCAACAACAUCUGCAGCAGAGCGACCCAUGAUAUCAUCACAGAAGCACAUGGAACCAACAACUUGCUACGAAAACGAUGCCGCUCUGCCUGUCGAGUGGCAUCGUCGUCAUAUACUUGGUGCAAUGUGUACGCUCGCUCCAACACAUGUAUAUUUCUAGAACACAGCAAAGGUAGAAAUAUCCGGAAUCACUUCGAACGACCUUCACACUCGCCACUAAACUCAACAACCCUAAACAGCAACAACACAAUGCAAGCAGCCGUCAGUCUCGUCCAAGACUACAUGGGCACAGAACCUACCUCUACUAAGUCUCCUUACAAACACCGUCAAGAUGGAUCAACCAUGCGUGCCCUGGCAUGGUUCGGCAAGGAGGACGUAAGGAUGGUGGAUGCUCCUAUUCCUGAUAUUACCCAGGACACGGACGUUAUUGUCAAGGUCACGGGUACUACUAUCUGUGGAUCAGACCUCCAUCUCUACCAUUCAGAGAUGUUGGGCAUGCAGAAGGGAGACAUUUUGGGACAUGAGUUUAUGGGUAUCAUCGAUCGAGUCGGGCCGUCUGUUAACCAUCUAAAAAUUGGAGACCGUGUAGUGGUGUCUUUUCAGAUCGCUUGCGGUACUUGUCGAUACUGCCAACAAAAGCUUUCAUCCUUUUGCGAUAAAACCAAUGACUCGUCUGUGGUGGUUAACCUGUGGGGUCAGAGGGAUUCUGCUUUCUUUGGUUACAGUCAUCUCACCGGCGGCUGGCCUGGUGGACAGUCAGAAUAUGUGCGAGUUCCUUUCGGCGAAGUCAAUUGCUUAAAGGUGCCGGCAGAAGUACCAGAUGAGCAAGCUCUAUAUCUUUCUGAUGUUCUUCCUACUUCCUAUCACGCCGUUGUUGAUACCGGUGUCCAAAAAGGCGAUAUCGUCGGUAUCUGGGGCCUGGGACCUAUCGGUAUCUGCUGUGUUAAAUGGGCUCUCCUCAAGGGUGCAUCUAAAGUUUACGCAAUUGAUACCAACCCUACACGACUUGCGCUUGCCAGGUCCCUUGGCCCAGAGGUAAUCACUGUUGACUUUAAGGCUGAUGACGUCAAAAAGCGAAUUCAUGACGAGGUUCCUCAAGGUUUAGAUGUGUGCAUCGACGCUACUACCUUCCACGAACCCAAGACCUUCCUCCACAAAGUCGAAAAAGCCCUCAUGCUCGAGACCGACGUCUCCGAAACACCCAACGAAAUGAUCUGGCUCGUCAAAAAGAUGGGCAGAGUCGGGCUUAUCGGCGUAUACACCGCUUACACCAACCAUUUCAACAUCGGUGCCCUCAUGGAGAAGGGUGUGAGGUUUAUCGGGAACGGGCAGGCCCCCGUACAUCUUUACUGGGAAGAGAUUUUGCAUGACUAUAUCAUGACGGGCAAGUUUGAUGUCGGGUUCAUGAUUAGUCAUCGAGUGGAUUUGGAGGACUUUCCACAGCUUUAUGACAAGUUCGAUAGGAGGGUUGCAGGUGUGGAGAAGGUGUUUGUGCAGACCAAGGCUAGUGCACCCCCAGCUAAAGGUUUCCCGGCCCUUAGCAAGGUUGACGAUUGGGCGGACAAGAUUAUCUAAAUACGUUGUGGAAAUUAGUAGGCGAUAUAGGUUGUUGUGGUAAGUCAGAACAAAAGAAAUGUAACAAUGAAAGGAUAUAGGGUACAAGUGGUGGCAGUCAGCAUGUACAAUUAUAUGGAACACUAUUCAAACCAGAUCACUAGUGACAGUGUGCUCGGGUCUCAUUUUCACCUGGGAUUAUUAGUUUCGGAGAACCGAGGAGAAGAAGAAGAAGACGAGAGGAAGAGCAGGAGGACCGUGCGAAGAGGCGUUAGAGGCGUUCGUUAGGGAAGAGGGGGGUCGGGGAAAGAACUCAGGGAAAGGAUGGA